AUGGCUGACCACUCCUCCUUCAUGGACUGGAGUCCCGCAAAGCCCGAGCCUAGAUUCGAUCCCUACCAGCGCGAUUAUUACAUUCCUGGCGGAUGGCCUGAAGACCCUCCUCCUCCCACGACCGGAGUUUUCGCAAGGCCUCGCCCUGACGGCCUCUUCCCCAAGGCAAAGCGAGUCUGCUUCGGUCUAGCCACUGGAAGCAAGAUCAUCGCAUCCGUUGUUGCGGUUCCUCUUUAUUGCAUCGUCCGACGAGUUCGGCAACACCAGAAACAACCGGCAAAGCCGCAGCGACACCCAAAGAAACCGAUCCAAGAUAGAGCGCCAUUGACUGAAUCACCUUGGAACCGCGCAACUGUGCAUCUGAACGCAAAAAAGGCACCGAGUACUACGGACUCAAAGCCUUCAGCAAUUUUGCCAGUCAAGAUAAUUCAGGCGCCUCCUACCUGCCGAAAGAAGUUCCUAUAUACCAUUCCCGAUUUGAUGCCCCAAGGCACAGUAAGCCGAGUUAGCACAAAGAGAAAGCGCCAAAACAGCACCGCAAAAGCGCUGCUGGAUCAAAAUAAAGCUCUUGAUUCGAAGUCACAUGCCACAACUGACGGCGACACAACUUCUUCCAACCCCCCACCGUCGAAACGUACGCAGGUGAACCAUCCCUCGCAUUCUGGCACUACUCGUUUUCGGCCCGCAAUCCAGCCCACCACAAUCGAGAGGCACGGACCUGGCGAUAGCCCAGAUCCCCUCACAACACUCACACAUCCAUCAGCCUCGACGCGUAGGGAAUCUGCGCACAACAACACACAGUCACAAGAGACUGGCAAGAAUUCAAGCAGCACCAACGAUUCCAAUGGUCUUGAUUUAACCGCCUCCGCUCCGAUUCCACCCCAGCAACUAGUUGAAGAACCCAACACAUUGCUUCCUUGCCUUACAGCCGUCAUUGUAGCCAAAACCGAGUUUGCAGACGACUCCAAUGAUCCAAACGGAUCCAAUCUGAGCACAUUUACCUGGAACCUAUCCCAGCAGCUCGUUAACACAACCAAAGCGCCCCUCCCAACCCCCAGUCCCAACAGCAAAGCCAUAGCCGCCAUCUCUGAGAAAUCCAAUUCAGAGUUUGGCGAGUUAUUGGCCGCCUCACCCGUCAAGCGUCGUCGCGUAGCAACCCCGACGUUGUCUCCGACAACCCAAAAAGACAGUCCUCAGAUUCAAACCCCCGAAACUGAUAUCUCGUCUACCUGCCCGUGUUCUCCAGGCAAUCUUCUCAAUGAGAAGGUCGAUCCAAUGAGUCAAUCAACCGUCUACGAGCAAUCAACAACAUUUGAUGUGCCAUCGUACCAGCCUGAUCCUAUCUCACAUCCCUCUUACACGCUCGUCACUGGUGGUGGCUCUCCGCUCCCAAGAAACAAAUCACCUGCCGAUCUCGAGCAUGAUAUUGCUCUUUCGAACAUCACAACCGACGAUCAUUCACAGUCGUCUAACUCCCAGGGCCUUUCCAUCGUGAAUGACGAUGAAUCGCAACACAUAUCACCAGAAAUGAACGAAGCGGUCUCACAAACUGUAACCGUUCCUGCCCACACAAGACCAUCGAGAACUGUCGACGAAACACAAGAAAGUGACCCAGAGACGCCACGAAAAAAUUUACUACCGGACGAUACAUUUAAAUCUCCAGAGCCAUCCAUAAUUAUCAUGUUAAGUGAGUCUUCAGACACACCGUCCACGCCCUCGCCCAGGACCCCUGGAAGGGAGCAGUCCGAGAAGGAGACUAGCCCAUCAGAUCGAUCAAAAGGGCACAUACAUUUCACAGAAACACCAGAUGCGAAGCUAGCUCAGCUCACUCUUGAAGAUGAUUUUAACCCAGAUACGCCGACUCCGAAAGCGAGGCCGCAUUCAGCCGAGAAAGGCCAUAGAGUGACCAGAGCAGAAACCAAACGACUACAACUACUGGAAGAAAUCCAGCACUAUGGAAUUGUCCCAUUGGAGAAAGAAUGGGAUUAUCAAAUCCAAACAGCACUGAAGAAUGGCCAUGGCAAUUACAAGUCUACUGAUCUCAUUCGCGUCCUCCCAUUGUCUGCAGGUUCGGGAACAGACAACUGGUUGAAUGACGAAGUCAUCAACGGCUACCUGAAAAUGAUUGUCGCGCAUGGAAGACAGAAUGACCGCCCUACUCAGAGCCCCACCCAUCAUGCAUUCGUUUCAUUCUUCUACAACAACCUUGAGGGCAAAGGAUAUGAGAGUGUCAAAAGAUGGGCAUCUCGAGCAAAGAUUGGAGGCAAGAAUUUAUUGGAAACUGAACAAGUCUUCAUACCAAUCAAUAGUGGUAUGCAUUGGACGCUCUGCGUUGUUUCAGGAAAGAACAAGACUAUCACACACUACAACAGCUUGGGAGGAAACGGUCAAAGGUAUGUGAAUACGGUCCAAGCUUGGGUUAAGGAGGAAUUGGGAAGCUCUUUCAAGGAGAGCGAAUGGACCCUUGUGGCCAAUGGAGAAUCGCCACAACAAACGAACAUGGACGAUUGCGGCGUCUUUACGAUCACAAGUGCGCGUCAGAUAAUGUUGGGAAUGACGCCAAUGAGCUACAACGCGGGCCAGAUCCCGCUUCAGAGGAAGCGCAUCGUCGCUGAGCUUAUCAACGGAGGGCUCAUCAAGAGCAACGAAUGA